UGUCAUAAUGUCAUUAUGGCGCGGCACUCGAAUUUCACGCACGGUUAAAAUAUAGUUAGAUAUAAUAUUGUUCAAUUGGUCUUGUAUCUGAUUGAUUUGACCUUGCGAACAGUCAUCAGAAAUGGAUGAAUUGCCGGAGAGCAGUACAAGCGGUGGUAAUAGCGGUGGUCAGCUGGAGGCCUUGGAUUAUUUGCGUGGCGUGGAGUCGUCGACGUGCCUGCUACUGACGCCGAGUCCUACGCCCCUAGAUUUUAAGCAUCCCCUGUCCGAGGAAAUGAGUGAAGGGCCUUUUAUAACGCUCAAUGAUGAACCUAUUGUUAACCUACAGAACCUGGCCAACUGUGAUGCUUCGGGGGGUGACUCAUGCUCCUCAGGAGACUCAAACUCUGUAGUUCAAGACCCAGUCAGCGCACAGCUAAUCAACAACAUCAGCAUGAUGGAUUAUCAGACCCUAAGUAAAAAUGCAGACCUAGUUACUGGCGAGUGCUUAUCUUUUCAGGUUGAGGAUUGCAAAAAUGAUGGAAGCCUCAACUUUGGUAACAGGAAACUGCCAAAUUUUGUGAACUGGAAUUGGUGCAUUAUUCGUAAAGUAAUGCUUUGGGUGGUCCUGUCAGGCCUUGUGGCUUGCUUGGGUGCAAUUAUUGGUAUGGUGGUCUCCAUCCCCAAGGUUUGUGACCCGGAUCUUCCAUGGUACCAAGGAAAGGUGUUUUACGAAGUUUUCCCUGCUAGCUUUAAAGAUUCAAACAAUGAUGACAGAGGUGAUUUGAAAGGAAUUAUUAUGAAACUGGAUUACAUACAAAAUCUUAAUAUAUCUGCUAUAAGAUUAAAUUACAUAUACCAAGCUAAUGGUUAUCCCGAGCACUAUUACAAUGUAACAUCUCUAAAAAAUAUUGACAGUAGCAUUGGAGACUUGACAGAUUUUGAACACCUAGUAACAGAAGUACAUAACAGGAAUAUGUCAAUCAUUCUCGAUAUACCUGUGUGGUCACUGGCUUACCCCCAUUCUUCUUUAAGUCACAAUGCUACUCAAUUAAGAUACUCAGAUCCCACAUCUGAUGCUAUUGACUUUUGGUCAAGAAAAUAUAAUGUUGAUGGAUUUUAUUUGAAAAACUUAGAAAGAUAUGUCAGUGACGUUGACUUAGGUCAAACACUUAAAUUGUGGAAGCAAAUUAUUGGUUAUGACAAGAUACUGAUUGCCAGUGAAGAGGCUUAUAAUAAAGCUAAAGGUAAUAAUUUAAAUGUCUUGUUAUCUAGAAUCGAUCUAAUUGAUGUGCACUUACACCUCGGACGAGGUAUCAAUGAGUUGAAAGAUAAAAUUAAAAGUGUUAUAAAUGGGCUCCUGUGGACUAAACCACACUAUCCUUGGGUACAUUGGAACGUAGGUAAUAUAAAUAGUCCAAGAAUAGCCACUGAAAACGAUAAAAAUGCUUUAGCACUCACGGUACUCGAAUUAAUCUUGCCUGGCACAGUAAACAUUUUUUACGGAGAUGAAAUUGGUCUUGGGGAUAUGCCACAUCAUGAAGCGGAACAGGAUUACCAUGAGUACGAAAAUGUGCGUAAUUUGGUGCAGAUGAAAUUCUCGAAUAACGGAAAUGAAGAUAAAAAUAUUAUGCAAAAACACGUGCAAUGGAACCCUGAGUCGGGUUUACAACCAAAAUACGAUUUCUUACAUAUAAUAAACCAAUUAGUUAAAUUGAGGUUAAGGACGCCGACAAUUUAUUUAAGGUCCUUUUUCAAAGAUGGCAAUGUACUGAAGAACAUGGAAAUUCGCAAUGUAACCGAUGAAGCUGAGCAAAAUCUUUUCAUAAUAGAAAGAUGGUAUCCACGGAGGAAUACAUGCGUUUUUGUUGCUAAUCUUGGCAACAGCUCAAUUACCACUGACUUGACCACGAUGUACUACGGGGGCACCGUCAUAUCCGGCACCAACAACUCCUUGAUAGGACAAAUUAUGUACUUUGACCGGGUAACGUUUCUACCAAAUUCUGCCAUUGUGUUAAAGCUCGAAAAGUAAAUUAUUUGUAGGUACCUAGAUUCUUAACGGAUUCUAGGCAGGCAGCAGUAACACCCACACACUAUAAGUAUUAUGAUUGUGAUUGAUAUUUUUAUCUGGUACUUAAUUAUGUACUUUAAAACAAAACUAUUUGGCAUGUAGUUAAAUUCCAUGAAUUAGAUUUCCAAAUAACUUCCAUACCUAUUCAACUCUUUUCGUGUAGGUGCCUAUGUAAUAUUACUAUGUAUGUUCGGGCAGUUAUUUUUUAACCCAUUCAGGGCCAGCGACUCAGCAUAUGAGUUAUGCUCAAACAGUUCCGCAGGGCCAGUGACUCACAUGCGAGUCAUGAAUAAAUUCUGAUUUAAACAUAAACGAAACGUAAUUUGACGUAAUAAAGUAUGUAUCCACUAAGUUAACAACCAUUUCUAUGAGGUAUAUUACGAUAAAAAAAUAUAAAUGCGUUAAUAUAAUGAAUUUAGAGCCUAGAAUAUUCAAUUUUGGUUUACUAUUAGUACAAUGUACUAAAUAUAUUGAAAUUCUAGAUACAUACGCGUUGCAAGGAAACAGAAAAUUCCAUAUUUCAAACAUACCAAAAAUAUGUAUAUUUUAGAGGUUAUUGGUUCAGGGUAUGGGUCAUCGUGGCUACUUGUAAAAACUAGAAAUGUUUCCGUAGCAAGCUAAAAUAAACUUUAUUGGCUGGUUUUAAAGCUUAUAUCGUGUUGAAGCUGUUUGAUAUUGUACCAUUUUACAACCGAUUACUGUUUGGAUGAUGGCUUGCAACUUUUAGCAACCCGUAGUAUAAUAAUAUUUUGUUGUGUGAGGGGUAAGGCAACGAGGUUUUUGUCCCACUGUACUUUUAUGUCAUAAUAUUUGGUGAUCGUUGUAUUAUAUCUUAGGCAGUUAUCUACUAACAAUGAUGUUAAUAUUCAUUCAUUUUUUAUUCGUUUCAGUGAUAACAAGGCAGUUGAAACAGUCACCACUAACUAAUAUUGUAUUAUCAUAAUAGUGCGUGACAAAUAUUUACAAGUUAAAAAAAUAUAUUUUGGUUUGUGUGAGGGGUAAGGCAAGGGAAAUGGGUCAAAUGGAACUUCCGAGAUUUGACCCAUAAAACAACAACAAACACAGCAAGUUAACUAUGUAAAAAAUAAUAAAUGUUCAUUCCUACAUCUUUUUUUGAUAGGCACAGAAAAAAGUUGGUUCGUAAAAAUGUUGCAUGUUGUUCAACUGGCCGGCUUCAUAAGCGGCGGUUUAUUUACCGUGCGCGCCAGGCCAGAGACCCAUAAGCUGAGUCAUACGUUUUAGCUAAAAACGGUUUGUAUGGUGGCCUGGCGUAUUGUGUACGCUCGACGGGUCUUGGCCAUGAAUGGGUUAAUUCUUUUCUUAUUCGUUUAAAUAUGUUGCAGUAAAAAAAUAAUUAUACUAGAUAUAACCAAUACCUAUUUUUGGUAAAUUAACUUUAUUUGAAAUAACGAUCUGCGAUGUAAUAGAUCUGCUGAAGCGCGAUUUUAUGGGGUAAAAUGAUUUUACCACUGAUCUGUGUUUUGUAGUUUAGGUACGUACGGUAUGUUUGUUGGUUGUCUGAUUAAAGUAUUUAAUUAUUAGUAUUAUUGAAAUAAAUUAUUCCUAAGCGUAAAGCAAUUUAAUGUACCUACUUCCGUUUACGGGUUGCUCUCGGUACCUACUGGUUUUUUGUAGGUACAAUAUCAGUACCAGAACGGGGAAUUCCCGGUUCGCGCCAUAUAAAUUCAAAGCCAGGAGCAUUCCUUACUUCCGUUAUUAUUUGUGGCUCAAAAAAUAUUUUUAUUUUAAAUAUUUUUAAAGGAUUAUUAAGAAAUAAGACAUAAUUUUACACAUUGUAUUUUAUUUACAUUUGUACACAUGGUUGUAUGUACUCAUUACACUUGAUUAUAUAUACAUGUAAAGAUUGUCUAAACAAAAUAAAUAGCUGGAUAUUAUUA